AUGAAGGACUGCUACCAACUGAAGCCUAAAUUGUUUUAUCCAGGGAAGUUCCUAAUUCGGAAUAACAAUAAACUUAGAGAAGACACCCUAAGGAAGAAUUCAUUAUCUGAGCAGAGAGAAAUCACAGGAUGUGAAGAAAAAAGGGGGACCUUGUGGGUUUUCACCUUUUCCGACGCAUUUCUUUGGGCGUUGGCCCUUUCUUUGUUCUAUACCUUAAUACAGAAUGUACAUUGCCCUGAAUGGCCAAGAGUCAGUUAUGACGGAGUCAGGAAUCUGUCGAAUGGUAGGAAGUGGAGAAAUCUGUCUGAGGGCAUUCCAUCUCAUGUGAAAGGAUUCAGGAGACCCCAUUUAUCGGAGGACGGAGAAAUAGUCUUUGAGGCAAAAAAAGGUAGUGGCAAAGAUAAGGAUUUGUCACCAGAAAUUCGGAAAAUAUAUGAUAAAAUCGAAAGGGGCUUCCCGAAGGAGUACUCAAAUAUGUUAACUGAAAGAGACAAAAGAAGAUGUGUCGAGAAUGUGAUGCUUUUUAAGAAUAACAAUUCGGAAGAAAUGACUGAUGAAGAAUUGAACGAAAGGAUUGGUAAAUUAAAAGGACCUGUAGAUACUGGAACCAUGCUUUAUGUGUGGAAUUAUGUUUAUGACCAUGAGAGGAAGAAGUAUAUUCGCAUGGUAGAGGACAUGCGAGAAGCAUGUAGAAUAUUGGCUGACUAUUAUAAUGUCCCCUGGGAGUGCGAAAUGAAAAAAUAUAGUUACGCUCACGAUAAAAUGAUAAAAAUGUUAUUGAAAAGGGAAAAUUUUGAAAUAAAAAAUAUCAAGGAGUUUGCUACUGAUGAGCCUAUAUGUGCCAGGUGGGAAUUUCAGAGGUACCUGAAGCUUAAGCAGAGGUCGUGGGCCGAUUUUACUGAGCGUAUGGGAAGGAAGUGGACGAACAAGUUGGAACACUCCUUUAGGAAGGUUAAAUGCGUGGACAUCUGUUGA